AUGCUGCCUAUCUCCUACAGAACUGCUACUUCAUCCGCCGUCUACAAGACUCGAUGGGGGAUUAUUACCAACGGCAAGAUCACAACAUUUGAUCGUCCGCUUACAGAUACUUUCUAUAGAUUUCACCGCCCCGGCCGUCUUCCCUGCGUUCGCGAUCUCCCUCUCGGUCCAACGUCCCCCCUCCGCCAUCCAAGAAGUCCAAUGACCCGCCACCCUACGCGCCGGGCGGACCGGCCCGAACGCGGCAGCGCGGCCCACCCGACGCUCAUCGCGACAGACCGCGCGGGCGCCGACUUUGCCAUCACCUUCGAGGACCGCGGCAUCGACCUCCGCCCCGUCAAGAGCGGCUGGACCGUCGUCGUGCCGGGCGCCACGCGCACGAGCCCGGCCGAGGGCAAGCGCGGCUUCGUGCGCGUCGGCGAGGGCCGGGGCACGGGCGUGCACUACCUGCCGGCGGGGCUCGAGAGGGUGCUCGACCUCGGGCGGCAGCUCGGCGAGGCGGCGCGCGGGGGCGAGGCGGCGGUCUGCGCGGGGUGCGAGAAGGAGGAGACGGAGGGGGAUGUGCUCAUGCGAUGCACGGGUUGUGGGCGCGCGAGGUAUUGCAGCAAGGUGUGUCAGAAGAAGGACUGGGGUGAGGGCGGGCACAAGGUGGACUGCAAGGUGUUCAAGGCCAUGGCCGUCACUUGGGGGGCCUGA